GAAAGCCUGAGGCUGACAGGAUUUUAUAACAAAGUCAAACCGCUCAGGGCUCUUCUCUUCGUCGUUCUUUGACUAUGUCCGCCGUCGCCAACGGUAAUGGCGACCUCCGCCAGCGAAACGUCGCAAAACAGAACGGUAAUGGUAAUGGUAUUGGGAAUGGAGCUGCUCAUAUCACGGAGGAGGGGAGGAAGAGGGACCAGGAGUUGGACAAGCACGAUGGGUAUGAGUUCGGUGGACCAUGGGGUGUGACAGCGAUGAUGACUGGGUUCCCCAUGCUCAUGUAUUACCUCUGGAUCUGUCUCUGGUUCUAUGACGGCCAGAUCGUAUACCCAAAGUCUGUCGAUGGUAUCCAACCUUUCCUCCAGCAGAUGUGGGCCCACGUCCGUGAUGACGCAAGCCCCAACCUCUACGCAUGGAAAGUCUACUCUGGCCUGAUCGUCUUCCAACUCUUCCUCGCUUGGGUCAUGCCUGGCUACCAACAAGAAGGUCUCCCCGUCCCUUCCCUGGGCUACAAAACCCUCAUGUACAACUGCAACGCCCUCCUCUCCAUUUACACCACCAUGGCUACCGCCGCCUUCCUGCACUACUUCCACAUCUUCCGCCUCACCGAGAUCAUCGACAACUACGGCCACCUCAUGACCGUCGCCAUGAUCUAUGGAUUCGCGGUCAGUUUCGGAACGUACGCAUGGGCAGUGGCGAGGGGAGAGGCAAUGCGGAUGUCGGGGAAUGUCAUUUAUGAUGUAUUUAUGGGGGCGGCGUUGAACCCGAGGAUUGGACCGGUGGAUUUGAAGAUGUGGGCGGAGGUGAGGAUUCCGUGGGUGAUUGUGUUCUUCUUGGCGGUCUCGGGUGCGUGCAAGCAGUAUGAGCAGUAUGGGUAUGUGACGCCGAACAUGGCUUUCAUGUGUCUUGCCACUUGGUUCUACCUUAACGCAUGCUGCAAAGGAGAAGAGUGUAUCCCUCAGACUUGGGACAUGUAUCACGAGAAGUGGGGUUUCAUGGUUAUAUUCUGGAAUUUCGCCGGUGUGCCCUUCACCUAUGUCUACUCUGUCGUCUACAUGGCCUCGCAUGAUCCUUCAAAAUACCAUUUCUCCAUCCCCGGAUACAUCGCGCUCUACGUCACGCUCUGCACGGCCUACUAUGUCUGGGAUACCGCCAUGUCGCAGAAGAGUCGCUUCAAGAUGCAGAACCAAGGAAUCUUCCGCUACCGCUGGACUUUCCCUCAACUGCCCUGGGGCACCGUCAACAACCCGGAAUACGUACAAACCGCUCAUGGUAACCGCCUGCUUGUGAGCGGCUGGUGGCGCUACUCCCGCAAGCCGAACUACGUCGCCGACUGGGUCCAGAGCUUCACUUGGGGCUUGGUCGUCGGGACGGCGUCGCCGAUCCCGUACUUUUACUCCGUGUUCUUCAUCACGGUGCUUGUGCAUCGGUGUGGACGUGACUUUGAGAGGUGCGCGAAGAAGUACGGAAAGGACUGGGACCGUUACUGCGAGAUCGUCAAGUACAAAUUUAUACCUGGAAUCUACUAGGGCGUACAUACCGCCCACUACCUUUCACCGUAUGCUCCUCUGCCCACUCAUCCCCUCUCCUCGGCGGGGUGGGUGGCGUGAUUAUGCUGUCCUGCUUGCAAUGCGGUAGGCAGUGCAUGCGGAUAAUUGAAAGUAACGUACGAUGCUAGAGAUGAUGCUAAUACCAAUGCUUAUUAUUCUGGACGGAGAUGUUUGACCUUUCUGUCGCUUCCUUGCCAUGCUCAUGGGUUGCGGGGUGCUCGUGACCGCCGUCCCAUUCAC